UUCAAUUCAGUCCCUUGGUAACACACUGGUCUCAUCUGUGCGCUGCUGUCUCACUGUCAACUCAACUGAAGGAACUUCUUGUUGUCCAUCCGUCUGUUUCUGCUCCGAGCUUGACGCCGUCUCAAGUUCAGAUUCAGCAACUUAACUUAGAUUUAAGACACAAACUUGAAACUAAAGAAAGACAAGUUAUACACCUUAAAUACCUGGAAGACAUCUGCAACUACCUCACAUAUAAACAUCUGCUGCUGCUGGACGCUGAGGAUCAUUGGGAGUGGAGGAAGUGCCUUGCUCAAAGGCACUUCAACAUAGCUGCUGAGGAAGAGGAGAGCAGCCACUUUUUCUACCUUUGAUCACGACUGUCUCAGGCCAACUGCAAUCCUAAAUCAGGUGAAUCCUGUACCUGCUGAGUGACUGCUGAGAGAAGCAUUUAAAACUAAUCAAAGCUAAACUUGAGCUGAGCUGUAACUGGUCAUGGCAGACUGGAGCCUGCUGGGAAACUUCCUGGAGGAAGUACAGGAACACUCUACCUCUGUUGGCAAGGUGUGGCUGACCAUCCUGUUUAUCUUCCGUAUCCUGGUGCUCGGGACUGCCGCCGAGUCGUCAUGGGGAGACGAACAGGAAGAUUUUAACUGUGACACCGAGCAGCCGGGCUGCGAGAACGUUUGUUAUGACCAAGCUUUCCCUAUAGCUCAUAUACGAUACUGGGUGCUGCAGAUUGUGUUUGUGUCCACUCCCAGUCUGAUCUACAUGGGCCACGCCAUGCACAAUGUCCGCAGAGAGGAGAAGAAGAGGAGCAGAGAAGAGGAAGGGGGAGAGGGAGGAGGGACAGAGGAGGACACAGGAGGAGGAGGAGAGAAACAGGGAAGGAAAGGAGAGAAGGACAGAGAAAAGGAAAAAGGAGAAGGUCAAUCAGGAGGUCGACUCAAUCUAAGGGGAGGGCUGCUGCGGACUUACAUACUCAGUAUCCUGAUACGCAGCGUCAUGGAGGUGGUCUUUCUGAGUCUCCAGUACUUCAUGUAUGGAGUCUUCCUCAAUCCCCUGUAUGUCUGCAAGGCCUGGCCGUGUCCACACCCUGUGAACUGUUACGUCUCCAGACCAACAGAGAAAAAUGUCUUCAUAGUGUUCAUGAUGGCUGUGUCGGCCGUGUCUCUGUUCCUCAGUGUGCUCGAGCUGCAUCACCUGGGAUGGAGACACUGCUGCAGGCAGUACUGCUACACAGAGAAGGCCGUCACUCCUGCCAACACCUCGCUGGCCCGACAGCUCUCUCUGUCUCCUCCGCUGCCGUCAACCCCCCCGCCAGACUUCAGCCAGUGUGUGAUCGACUCCUCGCACUUCCUGCCACUCCCUUUCCCCAACCACCGCCUGGCUAACCAACAAAACUCAGAGAACAUGGCCACAGAGAAGCACAAAAUGGCCGCCGCGGCUGAGGAGGUAAACCUCCUCCAGAUGAGCUGCUACUCGCCCGCAUGGCAGGAGACUGGUAACAAUCAGAUCCAAAAUGGCGGCUACCUGAGGACCGACACUAACGCCUCAUACACCCCUGGGAGCAGGGAGAUCAGCUGCGCUCAGAUCCAGACUGGCGGCCCAGACGGGCUGCUGAUUUUCCCGAAUGGAGGGCUCUGUCAGAACGACAAACGGAGAUUUAGCAAAACCAGCCGCACGAGUAGUCGAACGAGAGCAGACGACCUCUCUGUUUAGAAGGAGAGCAGAAAAUUCUAAGUAAACUGGAACAAAUUUGACCCUUUGACCACAUGCACAUCAUCCACAAAGCAUCUCAUUUAAGUCAGCUGGAGGAGUCAUUCAACCCAUUUAUAGCUUUUUCUGUUUUAUCUGCCUCUGAAAUUAGUGUAAGUCCACUCUGCAACGUGAUUAAGAGACUUUUCCUUCUGACAUUAUGCCAAAGCUGAAGAAACUCUUAAUCGACUAACACACAUGAUUUUAUCGACUAAUCGAUCACUUAAUUUAAUGGACAGAUCUGCAAAAAGGAAUUCCUCCACAAAGAAUCAUGCCAAAGCACCACUUUGAAUCUUGUGUUGAUGUGCUUAUAAGUUUCUUGGAAACAACUCACUCAGCGUGAAAAAGCAUACAAAAUGACUAAUUGUCUAAAGAAAUCUUAGUCGAAGACCAAAACGAGCGAUUAGUCGACCAAUCGACUAAGAGGGCGGAGCCCAACAUCAU